AUGAAUAUUGAUUCCAACUUAUCACUAACACAUAAAGAUUCAACACAUAUGAAUACAUCUUCAAAUUUGAAUAUGAUGCAAACAGUUAUAUCUCAUCAUGAACAAUAUCAAUCAACUAAUGAUGAUCCUUUUUCAACAUCAAAUGAUGCUUCAUCAUCAGUUAAUAAUAUGAUAUUAUCAUUAACAUUUUCUAAGUCAGUUACAAAUUCAAUGCUUGAUUAUAAAUAUCUGUGGAUGAGACCAGGUAUUGAUAAAUAUUUAACAUGUUUACGACGAAGUGAAAUGGCUCGUAGUCUUCUAUUAACUGAACGACAAAUUAAAAUUUGGUUUCAAUCUGGUCGAUUUAAAUGGAAACAUGAUAUGUUUAAAUCACGUAAUCAUCCACAACAUGUUGAACUUCAAGCAAACGCAACAAAUCAUAGUCGAAAUCAUCAUUCAUAUGCUGCAUGA